UCAAAUCGGCCGGUCGUUACGAUAGACACACGCAAGGAAAAGAUAGAUUGGAGGCAUGGGCGAUUUGCACAACGAGGGCUAUUCACUGGAGGCGUGUCAUUACCGGGGAUGCUCACAAGGGCAGGAAGCACAGGCGACUGAGAACUGAGGCACAGCGUCCAGUGCCGUUCCCAGCAAGACAGGGAAUCCUUGUGGAGGGGGACGGGCGAAUGGGAGGGGAUAGCAUUGUCUAGGCUCCUCCUGAGGCCAGAGAACCCGGGGGGGGAGGAAUUUGAUUGGAGUUCAUGCAGCAGGUGGUGUGCGAGCCUUUCUCAGUGUGAGAAUUGUUCCGGGCGAGCUGAGAGAAACGGGGGAGAAGGUUGGCUGAGGCCAGGAAAGUGCUUGGGUAGAAAUAGAGCAGUUUCCUCCAGCAAAAUGGCUCUCUCUUGCCUUGCCUUUUCCAACUUCUGCUGAAUCUUCCCCGAUCUCAUUCCUUCCAGCUUUUCUGGGGUCCGAAGAUGGGUCCCCUGAGGUCUUGGUAUCCUGUUGAGUAUGUGGAUCUCACUGGUGACUCCGAUGAUGAGACCAGGAGUCUGAACACAAGGUGUGUGUCGGAGGACGAACAGUCCGUCCAGGCCAUGUGAAAUGUGGGUUCCAUUGAAGCUCCCGCUGCUUAUGAUGGUGACAAGGGCGUGAACAGCAUCGACAAAACCACUGCUGAUGUGAUGAUUGCCUGCCCAUGCGUAUCUCCUGUCCAUGGAAUGGAAUUGGCUUCUCAGGAGCCAGGUGUGAGCAUCUCUGCUUCAACUGAGCCUGCCUCGCCGGUUCAACAGCGUGUUGUCUGGGAAAAGUCAAUACGCGGCCGCCUGGAGCAUGUGGACACUGGUGGUUAUGUGGAUUCUCUGCAUCUGGUGAUAUUUCCCCUGGAGGACGGGCACGACCUCCCUCGAGGAGUGCACGACUCACUGUGGGGGCGUCCCAACAAUUUUCCUGCCGCCGCGGCGCUCGGAGGGAGCACUGACUUGAUCCCCGACAUUGUCCAACCUGCAGAGUCCCAUUCGAACCGCGACACCCCAGUGCCUGGAACCGUCAGCCCCUCCGGCCUGCUUCUGAGCACCGAUCCCACGGCCGGGUCUGCGCGUCCCUCAGUCGGGCGGGUGGCGCUGCCGCCAGGUGAUUACAGUGCCCUGAGCGAGUGCCGUGCGACGCGGCUGUCCCUUGGGGUCGCGGGGCGGGCUCUGGAAGUCUGUGCUUUGGAGAUAGACAGGUUUGGGGGAUGUGUGUUUCCACUGCAGCAGAACCAGGGGUCGCGAUUUGUUGGGGAUAUCGAUCUGCCGGCGGACUGCAACUAUGACAGUGCGGAAGACUGUUGGCUGGUGGCAUGUUGGCUUUGGCUGGCCGAGUCUAUGAUGAAAGAGCGAGAAGAUACCCUUUGUUGUGGGGAUUCUGUGCCCCCUGUUGGUGGCAUGGACGGCAUCGAUCUGGGCGUGGAGGAGCAGGUCUUUGGGCAGCCAGAGCCACAGAACUUGAUGGGAAAGAAGAGGAGGAGGGCACUGAGACCAGUGUGUUCGAGUAAGCGGCAACGGCAUUCUUAUUGAUGUGCUAUUUUCUUGUCAAUAUACUGAGUGUUUACAUCCAGCACUGCUCCAUGGGUGAUAUCCCUCAAGGUAACUUUGGUAUGAGAGGCGGAUGAUAGGCCUUCUAAUCUGAUGUUCAGUUCGCGUCGGGAGACCAUGGCAGUAUCCCAGGUUUCCUGAGCUGGCAGAUAGGCGUGUGCCUCACACUCUGCAUGAGCACAUCGCUCGUUUUCUCUUUACUCUGGCUUAGAAGAUGUGAAGUUGGAGCCUCAGCCGCGACUCCAUGCCAAUCCAAGUCCAAGGCAGGAGAAGGAGAGACCACCCUCCCCAAUGACAAAACAUUUCACACAUUGAUUUCAUGCCCCGUGCUUACAGUGAAAUGAAAUGGAAGCACCAGGAGCCUUGAAAUCAUUUACUACAUUCUGUUGCAGGCAGAGCUCCACAGUGGCAUAUAUCAGUUUCCUUUGGAAGGCUAGUGGAAAAACACUGACAGGAACUUGAAGAUCUUUGUCUGUGCCUUGAUUUUAACUGUCUGUGGUUCUUUGGUACAGUGACAGCAACAAUGAAGAGGAUGACUAUGAUGAGGAGGAUGAGGCAUGACCAGACUUUUGUAAUGUGAGCGGACCUAGUAUCAAAAGACAAACAAAAUAAAUUAUUCCC